GCAGAGAAAGCAUGAACAAGUAAAUACAGGUCGACUUUUUUUUUAGACAUUAAUGUGUUGGAUAGAAUAAAUGUUGAAAUAUAUGGUUAAGAUAAUCUAAUUGGUAUUCUCAAUUAUUUAAAGUUUAAUAGGGGAGGAAUGACGUAUAUUUGCUUCCUCACACUAUUUUCAAGCAAAUAACAAAAUUAUUUUUGACAAAAUUUCACAUUUAAUGGUGUCUAUGCGUAAUGUAUUUUAGCAACAACUACAAAAUAUUCCUACUUAUAAUUAAGAUUAAUUAUAUUUGAAUUAUUUUUUUGCGCAUGUAUAAAUAUGGAUAUGAAUUUUCCUUAAUUUUUUAUUUUUCCAAUCGAGUCGGGACUAAUCAAUCAAUAUUUUGGUGCAUAUAUGUCAAUAUCUUAUGUUUCUUUUCUUUAGUAUUUUUGUUGUUUUGAUAGUUUGAUAUGAACUAUUCUUACAUUUUUAUUUUUUAUUUCUGUUCUUUGUUUGUGUUUUAUUUCCAGCAAACUGAAGUCCACCUGAGCCAAAGUUCACUUGGGGCAAACAUGUUAAGAUCACUUCACCUUUUCCUUCUCCUUUCUGCUCUCUACUGCUCCCUAGCGGAAAAUGUGGAGCUGCUCCGAUCCAAGCGAGGAGUUCGUUUUUACAGAGGUGAGCCUGACAGGCAGCCGGCUAGACAGACGCUUUGGAUUGUUCACGUCAAGAAGUCCCCACCUUCCUUUGACACUCCCUUACUGUGUGUGGAUAGUGAAACGUCAGCAGUGCGUAGUUAUGGCGACACGUGGCUGCGAUGGAAGGGGCAACGUGUGGAGUAUUGUCAUUGUGCAUUAAGAGGACAAGAGCGCUGUCAUUCUGUGCCCGUCAUCAACUGCUAUGUGUCUCAGUGCUACAACGGAGGAACCUGUAAGGAGUCCGUGUACACGUCUGACUACAUCUGCCAGUGUCCACAAGGCUUCAAAGGGACUCAGUGUGAGAUCAACUCUAAUGAGAAGUGCAUUGUGGGUAAGGGUGAGGGCUACCGCGGCACCUUGAGCGUCACCCGGUCAGGAGAGGAGUGCAUCAACUGGAACUCCACGUCUCUGCGAGGGAAGAAGUUCACGGCGAGGAAAAACGAUGCCAGCAGCCUCGGACUGGGCAAUCACAACUUCUGCAGGAACCCUGAUCAGGACAGUUCUCCGUGGUGCUACAUCUACAAAGGCAACCAGAUUAUCUGGGAGCUUUGCUCUUUGCCAAAAUGUUCAGGAGACAGGAACAGAGAGUGCAUGCAGGGCUUGGGGAAGUCGUACCGAGGAACAACCGCCGUCACCAAAACCGGCUCCGCCUGUCUUCCGUGGGAUUCUCCUGCCGUGAGGCGCAAACGCAACAACGCCUGGAAGUCGAAUGCACUGGAUCUGGGGCUGAGCAACCACAAUUUCUGCAGGAAUCCGGAUGGGGAUUCAGGCCCGUGGUGUCACACCUACAAGAACAUGCAGCUGACCUGGGAGCUGUGUGACAUCCCAAAAUGCUCAAGAGCUCCAUCCACCAUCACCACUCUUGGACCUCGAGCUCCUACUACGAACAACCAAGCAACAUGUGGCCAGCGUUUAGACAACACCCUCAAUCGCCCAACCUUCCGCAUAUUCGGCGGCAGAGGAAGUGACAUCACAGAGCAGCCAUGGCAGGCUGCCAUCAAUUUUUACGUCCCUCGUGUCAAAAGACACUUCCACCUCUGUGGAGGAGUCCUCAUCGACUCCUGCUGGGUGCUGUCUGCUGCGCACUGCUUCCAAGAGAAGGACACACCUGAAAUUCUGCAGGUCAUUUUGGGAAGAACGUUUCGGACGCAGAACUCCAACAGCGAGCAGAUUUUCAAAGUUGAAAAGUUGUGGAUUCAUGAGAAGUUUGACAGUGAAACAUACGACAACGACAUCGCUAUUUUGAAGCUGAAAACGGACAUGGGUCUGUGUGCUGUGAACUCUGAGGAGGUUCUUCCUGCGUGCCUGCCUGACCGUGGGCUGCAGUUGCCCGACUGGACCGAGUGUGAAAUCUCUGGAUAUGGAAAAAGCUCCGAAUUUUCUCCGGAGUUUUCCGAGCAGGUUAAAAGAGGACACGUCCGGCUGUGGCCCAAAGAGCGCUGCACUCCAGAAGUGCUGUCCGGACGCCCGGUCACACCGAACAUGCUCUGUGCCGGGGACACCCGAGGCAAGGAUGACGCCUGCAAGGGAGACUCCGGCGGGCCUCUUGUUUGUCGGAACCAGAACAGGAUGACUCUGAUGGGGCUGGUCAGCUGGGGAGACGGGUGUGGGGAGAAGGACAAACCUGGGGUCUAUACGCGCGUCACCAACUACAUCGACUGGAUUAAAAGAAAAAUUCAAGCGAGUCCGGUUUGAACUUGACCUUAAAGACGGACCUGAACGGCCCACGAAGGCAGAAGGUGUGAGCGGACAAACAGAAAUCCUUAACUCUGCUGGUUAACCUGUGGCUGCAGAUGCAGAUUUUUGUUGACGCAGAAACAUACUUGGGCUUGACGGAGCUCCUCGUUCCCAAGUUUCCCGUUUCUUUAAGAUGUCUUUUCAAUGUUUCAUUGUGUACAGACAGAGAACUGUUUUUCCUCACUGUGGAGCCUUGAAGUCCCACUUCAAUCAUCUUUUACUCUAUUUUAGAACAUCCCCAGUGGUGUAUUAAUCACAAUUAUGAAGUUUUUAUUCAAAUAUAUAAAAAAAUAAAACUGUAAUUUUCUAGGAUAUAGUUUAUUCCAGAGUGGCAAGAGUUCAUUAGAAAUUCACCUCUGAGUUUUAGAGGGGACUGUUGGCCAGUAAGCCUGCCCCCAUCUCCCAUCAUCCCUCCGUUUAUAUGUUCUCUCACUAGUUUACAGCUCCGUACAACCUCAACCUAACUUUACUGGUGCAACAACACUUACGAUUAAUGUCAGAGCUAACCAGCCAUACAGUUUUGAGCCAGAUUCCAGGUCAGACGAGGAAAACGAAGGCGUACAGUCAUCUACAGUCAUCAGAAUGGAGUGGAGCAAGGUGCUUGUGUAUUUUAUACAUCACAAAAACGCUUUUUUUCAAACUACAUUUUUUGUCAGCUCCUAAUUACCAACAAUUUGAAUAAAGAAAUACUUAGAAAUCCUUUUUUGAGCUUAACUAAGUCCUCCAUCAUCAGAAAAAUACCACAAGAACAUUUUAAAAACACCAAAAACAACCAGAGUGGGUCUUUAAGGCGUAUUUUCAAUAUGUUUUUGUCAAAAGAGAGAGGAAAAUAAUUUUUUUUCUUCACAUCUGAACACAGCGAUUCCUUAACUAUAGUAUCUGUCUUUUAUUCUAACAAAUAGGAAGUAAAAUAUCUCCAGUUUUUAUUUGUUAAACUCCUAACAAACAGAGAACAAACACACUUGGGCAUUUACAGCCACAUAACUUAGCACAAAAUAAGAAUAUGUAUGACUUGAUUAUAUAAUAAGGAGUAAAUGUUACAGGACAUCAGCGUUGGUUGUCAAACUAAAUCACUUCAGCACUUUUUCUUGGAAAAAUGUUCUUUUUGACAGUGGCAUCAGCUUUGCACAGUGGAAUAAAUCACAUGGACUUUCCUGAAGUUCAUGUAUUUUGUAAAUAUUAACAUUAAAUUAUCUUUAUUUACUAACUGGAGUUCCAUAACUGAGUCAAAAGAACUAGAAGUAUCUGCUGGUUCAGAUUCUGCCUCUUUUCACUUAAAACAAUCAUUUUUCUUUCUAGAUGAGUGUGUGAUGAUUGUUUCAUUCUUAAAUCAACAUGUCUGUCUGAGGAAGAAUUAAACAUGAAUUAUUUUGUGCUUUUUCCAAUUAUGAUCCCAUCAUCUAUAGAGCGGAUUUUUUUCUUCUUAAAAAUACUUUUGAAAACCAUUUUGUACAAUGUUAAUAUUUAUGUGCAUUUUAUACUGUUUUGUAGAAGCUUUAAAAAGUUGAGUGUGGCUUCAUUAUUUAUUGUCAUUCAAACCACAUAAUCUUUGAUAAUUAAAACAUUAUUUUUAAAAAGUGUGGUUUUGUCUUCUUUUGUUUUGUAGGUUAUUCUGCCAAAGUUUGUGAGAUUCCGACUUAUUUCUGUUUUAUAAUUUGCUCGAUUAAUUUAUAUUUAUUGUAAGAUCAUUGAUAUUCAUCUUUUUAGUGUGUACUCCAUCUACAUUUUAUAUAGAUAUCAUUUUAAUUAUAUCACACAAUUAUUUCACAAUGAACCUGAAACUGUCCAAUUCU